AUGGCACCAAAGAAGGCGAAGAAGACCACCGACAGCAUCAACUCGCGCCUGGCGCUUGUGAUGAAGUCUGGCAAAGUCACUCUCGGUUACAAGUCGACUCUCAAAUGCCUUCGAUCCGGAAAGGCCAAGCUGGUCAUCAUUGCUGGCAAUACUCCUCCUCUCCGCAAGAGCGAACUUGAGUACUACUCCAUGCUCUCAAAGACAAACGUCCACCACUUUGCUGGAAACAAUAUUGAACUGGGCACUGCUUGCGGAAAGCUCUACCGCUGCUCCACCAUGGCUGUUCUCGAUGCCGGCGACUCUGAUAUCCUGGGUGCCGCCUCAUAA